AUGGAUCAUGACUUUGUGAGGAACAGUCGUGUUAUGUUGGCACUUGGGAAAUCAACAUUUGAAAAACUUUCGCAGUAUAAAGUUCUUAUUGUCGGAUUAUCUGCCGUUGGCUCUGAAAUCAUCAAAGAUCUAGUCUUAAUGAAUGUUGGAACUAUAGAUGUAUUCGAUCAGCUAUUAGUUACAGAAAAAGAUGUAGGAUCUAACUUUUUUGCACGUAAAAUAGAUAUAGGAAAACAAAGAAUUAAUACAAUUUUGCCAAGACUUCAUGAACUUAAUGAGAAUUGUAGUAUCAAGUCUUUUCCUAGGCUUCCUGAAAUAUCUGAAUUACAAAAUUAUCAUUCAGUUGUUAUUACUUAUCCGAUUUCGUACAAAAUACUAUUAGAAUACUCUGAAUAUUGCUAUUCUCAUAAUAUUAUGUUUAUAUGCUCAUCUUGCCUUGGUCCAACUGGUAUUUUCUACGAAUCUUUUACAUCAAAAUUUAUUGUCACAAAUCCUAAAGGAAAACACCCAUUUAAACAUGCAAUUAAAUCUAUGUCAUAUUCCAAAAAUAGUACUCUCUACCUUAGAGAUGAAGAAGUUUUCCUUCAGUCUGGACAAAAAAUUAGAUUUGAAAACUGUGAAGCGUUGCCAGCUCUUAAUGGGAAAGAAGUUACUCUAGAAGCUAACAAGAACAAAAAUAUCACUUCAAGAUGCACAGGAAUCAAUCUCAAAGAAAUUGGUCAGUGGGACCAAUCAAAAUCAGGCGGAUUCAUAACAGAAGUAAUCAAACCUGUUGAAAUAUCUCAUAAAUCGUUCAAAGAUUCAUUAGAUAUUGAUAUUGGUGAAGAUUCAAUCCGAAAAAUUUUUAUUAACAUCUGCCGAUCAUUUGAUAAUCAAGAGGAAUCAAUAACAUACACAAAUGAAUACGAUUCUUCAGAAAACAAUUAUAAAAAUUUGCAUAUCGCAUUUGAAUACGAAUAUCCUCCAAUCGCUGCAGCAAUUGGUGCUGUUUCGGCACAUCACGUGAUAAUGUACUGUACACAUACCUAUUUACCUCUGAAAAAUCAGUGGUUUAUCAUCGACCAAAGAAGAAUUUUGCCAAAUAAAGUCCAACCACCGAAAAAUGACAGAUUUGACAGUGUCAGAUUGACAAUAGGUGAUGACUCAUUUAGCAGAAUUCGUAAAUCAUGUAUUCUUAUGCUCGGUGCCGGUGCAAUUGGCUGUGAAUACGCGAGAUGUCUAAGUUUACUUUCUCCUGGAAAAAUUAUAAUUUUUGACAAUGAUAAAAUUGAACCUUCCAAUCUGACACGACAGUUCUUGUACAAGAAGUCGAGUGAAGGCCAGUACAAAGCUGCUGUUUGUGCAGAUGCAAUCAGAGAAAAUAAUGAAGAAAUCGUUGUCGAAGUCAAAAAUGAACUUUUCAACGAAAAAACUGCCAGAGAAUUGAAUUUGAAAGAGCUUGAUGCAAUUUUGUCUGGUGUUGAUACUGUAAAAGGUCGGAAAUUUGCUUCUACACUCUGCAGACUCCUCAACAUUCCUUUCGUCAACUGUGGAAGUGAAGGAGCAAAUGCAGAUGGACAAAUUAUUUGGCCAAACAAAACAGGAAUGUUUGAGGCGAAUUACGGAGAUAACAACGACGAAAUAGUUUUGUCUUGUACAUUGAGAAGUUAUCCAACAAGUCCUAUUCAUUGUAUACAGCUGUACAAACUACUUUUCGAUGAAGAAUUCCUCAAAAUUCCAAAUUUGUCUCUCAAAAAAGAAAAUUUGGGAAAUUCUGAAGAAAAAAUUUACAAUUUUGUCAAAGAAAUUCCGAAAUCAUAUAAUGAUUGCUGCUUGUGGGCAAGAGUUUUCUUUGAAAGAGAAAAUGUUUGGAACAUUUCAGAUGGUUUCAAAGAAAAUGCUGCUGUUUAUGAUCCAAACAACAAUUUGCAUCAAAAAAUAAUUCAAACUUUGUCAGUUAUGAAAGCAAAUCUUCAUCAAAUUCAUUUUACAGAUGAAGAUGUCAAAAUGUCACCUUUUAAUGUACCUUUGAAGGUAGAAUUACCGAAGGUUGAAAAGGAAAUUCACUCAAACAAAGAGUGGCAUGAAAUGAGAAUGAAAAUUUCUGAUAAUUUAACUGUCAAACCGUUUGAAUACGAUAAAGAUAAUAUGACAAAUCUGACAUUUAUUUGGUCGAUGUCAAAUGUUCAUGCAAAAGUCUACAGGCUUCAAGAGAUAUCUAUGUUGGAAGCACUAAAAGUUUCUGGUAAUGUUGCUGCAACAAUUGCAACAACAGGAACUGUUGCAGGAUCAAUUUGUUCUGAGUUAUUGAUUGAAACAUUUUCAGAAAGAAUUUGUCAAAUUUUUGAUGAAAAGAAACGAAUUCCAAUGAAUUUCUCUGUUGAUCUAGAAACAGAACAAGAAAUCUCAUUCCAUUCUUCUGUUCCUCAGAUGAGAUUGGCGAGAAAAGUCUAUGUCAAUCCUUGGGAGCCAGUUUUCAUCGAAGAUAAUCCUGUUAUUUUGGAUUUGAUGGAUUCAAUUGAUGAAAAAUAUUCCACUGACUGUUUGAGUCUCAAAUUGGAAUAUGAUGGAAGUGAUUAUGUCUUCCUCGAAGAAGACAUGGAAUCUCCAAUUAAUGAUGUAAUUAUAAAGAGAUUAGGAAUGCCAAUUCUCGGACAAAUUCCUCUCAUUCCAAUUUUGAAUGAAAGAGCUGCAAAAACACCUUUAUUUAUUGUUAAAAUUAAAAAUUGUUAG